AUGUUGAAAGUGACAUAUAAGGAUCGUUCUUACUAUGGUGGACCCGAUUAUGUUUGCGAUAACUGUUCGGCGAUUUUCUGGUAUCAAGAAAGAAUUGAGAGUCAAAGCUCAAUCGGUCAACGUCGAAUAGUUUACAAGAACUGCUGUCGUGCCGGAAGAGUAUCGUUGCCUAUACAUAGACCUUUUCCACCGCCAUUACAAGACUUGAUUCGUUUUAAUGGUGGUCCUCGAUCAAAUGCUUUUAUACGGCUCAUCCGUCAGUACAAUUCUCUGUUUGCCUUCACUUCUCUUGGAGUUGAUGUUGAUAGAUCUAUCAAUACUGGUAAUGGCCCUUAUGUUUUCCGCAUCAAUGGUGUCGUUCAUCAUCGUAUUGGUUCUUUAAUCCCAGUUGUUGGCAGUCGUCCUGAGUAUGCACAGCUGUACAUCUAUGACACUGUUAACAAAUUGCAUAAUAGAUUGAACAUAUUCUUUGCAGAAGAGGGUGAUAAACCUGAUCCUCAAAUCGUUUCUGAGCUUACUAAUAUGCUGAAUAGGAUCAAUCCAUUGGUAAAGAAGUUUCGAAUGGCAAGAGAUAGGCUGAUAUCUCCUAAUGCACCUGAUAUUGCUAUUAAACUUAUCGGCUCUGUAAAAAACCAUGGUGAUAUAUACUCCCUUCCAACUACUUCUGAAUUAGCAGGAUUAUUAAUUGGUGGUUCUUCUGCUAAUACUUCUACUUUCGAUAUUGUUGUCGAAGCUCAAUCCUCACAUUUCAAGCACAUUCCUGCAAUCCAUCCAGCGCUCAUGUCUUUACAGUAUCCUCUAUUGUUUCCGUAUGGCGACAAAGGUUUUCAUACUGAUAUCAAGUUGAAGGCAGUCGAUUCAGAAGCUCUUGGGUCUCGUGAGACCGUUUCUAUGAUGGAAUUCUAUUGUUAUUAUAUGCAUUAUCGUAAGCAUGAGCCUAAUCCAGCCAUUUGCUCUGGUCGGCUUUCCCAACAAUUUGGUGUCAAUGCUUAUUCUUGUGUUGAAGCAAACCGCCUUUCUUUUCAUUUCUUUAAUCAGGACCUCCUUCGAAGUGAAACAUAUCAAGGAAUUUCAGAUGCUAUAUGUCAUGGUGCAUCCACAGGAAAGGAUGUUGGAAUUCAGAAGAUGUUGCCUACUAGCUUCAUUGGUAGUAAAAGGUACAUGCAGUAG